UUUAACUUAGGAGAAAGCGGAGAACUCCGCACAAACACGCUCUUCAGCGUCCCUGAGGGCUAACGGCAGAGCUCUGGACACGAGCUACCGUUACACUCGCGCCCGGAAUAGCUACCGGUUCUGACUGCACGGGAUCUCUCUGUGACGGAGCGGACAGGCGAUGCCGGGACCCUGGCCGGUAUAGACGAAAUCUGACAACGCGAGCGAGCGAAGGCAUGAGGUACAUAUUCAUACCUAAGCGGGAGUGAAAAUACGUGCGAUGAAAUCCAUAAAGAGCUCGUGAGAGUUUACCGGAUAGAAGAGUUCGCGCAAACCGCCACGACAGUCUCCGCACGGAGCGCAGAUCUAGAUAGCCUCGUGGAGUUAGUGUCCGGGCAGUGGAUGUGGUGCGUGUCUUGACUGGGUACAGAAAUGUUUUUGUGAAAGACAUCGGCGUCGUCAGCACUUUACGUGCGUGAUACAUUUCGGGGAAAGCGGGAAUCCACGCGCCACUGUCGCUGUGACCCGGUGACUGAAUGCGAAAUCGUGCAGCGCACGUGAGGAGCAGCGCUGCGUGCCCUGUCGCUCUAAGGAAGAGCGCGCGACUGUUAUCCCGGGACAGCGCCGCGGCGGCGGGACGGCCUGGAGCCUACGGCACGAGGAGAGAGGGAGAGAGAGAGAGAGAGAGAGCGAGAGCGAGAGAGAGAGAGAGAGAGAGAGAGAGAGAGAGAGAGAGAGAGAGAGAGAGAGAGAGAGAGAGAGAGAGAGAGAGAGAGAGCUGUUCAUAAAAGUAGAACGUAAAAAUAACAUUGGCUGGGACUCUCUCCAUUCCGCGUCCCACUGACAUUUAAAACGCAGGCGGAUCCGCGCCGGAGCUGCCCAGCGACAGCACGAGCGCAUCCGGGAAUACCUCCACGCGGCGGGACACGCACAACUACAGACAGCCUUCAGUCCAUGUUGCACGAGCUACAGAGACUGUCACCGAAGUUUAGGCGUCGCCAUGGUGACCAGCUGAAAGGACGAGUGUAGUGAAUGCGCGGAGCGGGGAGGAGGCUGUAGGUUGUGAAGUUUGCACUGUUUGAAGCACCGGAGAAUUUUUUUUGUCGCCAUCAUCUAAGGAUUGCAUCACUUUUGGGGGGAGACUUAUACCAGCGCGAGGAGGUCCCAGGGAUCCCUAUAAAGAACGCACCCGAGCUGUCCAGCUCCGGUUCCGUUAUUCAACCCCCUCGCCAUCUAUUAAAAGUAUCAUCUUGCUCGUGCUGUCACUUGGACUAUUUAUGCCGCGUGCGGGCCACAGAUCUGCGAGUGUACAGUAGCAGCCCACAUAACUCCGACCACCGAGAGAGCGAGCCCUCACCUAAACGCGGUCAUGGGAUUCUCCCACGCGGUGCUGCUCUGCGCGCUGCUGUGCGCGCAGUGUGCCGCGGCCCAACACUACCUGCGCUUGAGACCUUCCCCCAGCGAGCAUCUGCCCGUGCCGGACCUGAAGGAGGACCCCGACCCCGAAUACGACCCGCGCGAGCAGGAUCUUUCAGAAAGGACACUGCGAAAGAAGCUGGGCAGUAACUUCGACCCCAACUUUAUGUCCAUCGCGACGCCUGCGCAGCUCAACGUGACUUCGCAGGACGCAGCGCAGCUCACGCGUGCGCUCGGCACGAUGCCCAAUGAAAUAAAAAAGCUGGAUCUGACGUUCACUCCGUACGGGACGCGCGUGAAGGUGGGCAAGAAGCUUAGGCGGAAAUUCUUACAGUUGCUGUGGACGCACACACACUGCCCCGUGCUCUACAGCUGGAAAGACCUGGGCGCGCGCUUCUGGCCGCGCUACAUUAAGGAAGGGAACUGCUUCAGCGAGCGCUCGUGCUCGUUCCCCGAAGGCAUGUUCUGCAAACCGGUCAAAUCCGUGACGAAGACCUUUCUUCGGUGGUAUUGCCAGGGUUUCCUACGGCAGAAAUACUGCACGUGGAUACCAGUGCAAUACCCCAUCAUCUCUGAGUGCAAGUGUUCUUGCUAAGCUGUGUGUGUGUGUGUGUGUGUGUGUGUGUGUGUGAGAGAGAGAGAGAGAGAGAGAGAGA